UAAAUUUUAAUAAAAUUUAUUAAUAAAAAGUACGGAACACUCUUAUCUAACACAUCUUUAGCUACAUGAUUCCAGAAGUUCUAAAACGAGCACAGCCAUUAGAGAUAGAAGGAAGAUCUUUCGGGGUUACUUGUGUCAGUAAAGAAAAGUUGUACAUUUCCUUCAGAAAAGUUCUGAGGGUUCUAUGAGUGCUUAUGGUUCUGGGAUUUUCCCAAGCAAACGAGACAAAGUUAGAAAACAUGACUAAAAUAUUGCCAAAAGGUGAAACUCAGAUGGGCUUACCCAAUUGUCAAGAAGGCAUUAACUCAGAUAGCCAAAAAGUUAGAUGAGCAAAUAAUACCGAAUUGGAUGGCAACACUGAUAUAAAAGCUAACGCCACAUUUGUACUAGGAGGCCCUGGGAGUGGAAAAGGAACUCUGUCAACACUUUUGGCUGAAAGAGACGGAUACAUUCAUCUGUCCGUAGGCGACCUCCUCCGAGAAGAACAAGAGUCUAGUUCUGAAGAAUCUGAGCUGAUCAAAGAAUAUAUUAAAGAAGGGAAACUUGUUCCUGUAGAGAUACCCUGUAGACUUCUCCUAAAAGCAAUGCAACAGAAUGGGAUGUCUAAUAAAUUCUUAAUAGAUGGCUUCCCUCGCAAUCAAGAAAACUUGGAUGGAUGGGUGCAAUACAUCUCCAAGCAUACUAAUUUAGUCCAAGUGGUCUACUUAGAUGUUUCCAAAGAAGUCAUGCUCGAGAGAGUUCUCAAAAGAGGAGAGAAUAGUGGUAGGACUGAUGACAACCCCCAAACAUUCGAGAAGAGGUACAAUGUAUUUAAGGAACAAACAAUGAAGAUUAUUGAUUAUUUCAAAAGCAAAAACAUGGUUUUCCAAAUUAGCACUUACGGAAGCGUUGAGAAGAACUACUUGAAGCUUAAGAAAGGCCUUGUUGUUUAAUUUUAUAUUUCAAUCUUGCCUA